AAUGUUCUAAUCCUCACAUGUUCUAAUCUUUUCUAACCCUCACAUGUUCUAACCCUCACAUGUUCUAACCCUCACAUGUUCUAACCCUCACAUGUUCUAAUCUUAACAUGUUCUAAUCCUCAAAUGUUCUAACCCUCACAUGUUCUAACCCUCACAUGUUCUAAUCUUAACAUGUUCUAAUCUUAACAUGUUCUAAUCCUCAAAUGUUCUAAUCCUCAAAUGUUCUAACCCUCACAUGUUCUAACCCUCACAUGUUCUAAUCUUAACAUGUUCUAAUCUUAACAUGUUCUAAUCCUCAAAUGUUCUAACCCUCACAUGUUCUAACCCUCACAUGUUUUUAAUCUUAACAUGUUCUAAUCUUAACAUGUUCUAAUCCUCAAAUGUUCUAACCCUCACAUGUUCUAACCCUCACAUGUUCUAAUCUUAACAUGUUCUAAUCUUAACAUGUUCUAAUCUUAACAUGUUCUAAUCUUAACAUGUUCUAAUCCUCAAAUGUUCUAACCCUCACAUGUUCUAACCCUCACAUGUUCUAAUCUUAACAUGUUCUAAUCUUAACAUGUUCUAACCCCCACAUGUUCUAAUCCUCACAUGUAGUCACUGAACUCUUCCCCUCAGCUGCAAUAGAACACAGAACAUGUUCCUCUGGGCUGAUGGUCAUUUGCAGCUCAGCAUGGCUCGUCGAUCCCAGUGUUCCUCUGCGGGGGACAACCCCCUCGACCCAAACUACCUGCCUCCCCACUACCGUGAGGAGUACCGCUUGGCGAUUGACGCCCUGGUGGAGGAGGACCUGGAAGGGUACUACCAGUUCCUGCAGAGAGCAGACGUGGUGGACUUCCUCUCCACUCCUGAAAUCCAGUACAUCCAAAGCUGCGUUCAUGCUCCUGAGCAGGGCGGCCCCCUGGACCAGCACUUCCUGGAGAGUGGAGGAGAUGGGUCUUCAGACACCUACUGGCCCAUCCACUCUGACCAGGAUGUGCCGGGCUUGGACCUGGGCUGGCCCCAGAUGAACCCCUUCCUCGGACCCACUGAGGUCACCACCCUGGUCAACCCGCCUGAGCCGGACAUGCCAAGCAUCAAGGAUCAGGCCCGGCGGCUGAUCAAGAACGCUCAGCAGGUCAUCGCCAUGGUGAUGGACACGUUCACUGAUGUGGACAUACUGGCAGAUAUUCUCAAUGCUGCCCUGAGGAACGUGGCGGUCUACAUCCUGCUGGAUGAGCAGAGUGCACACCUCUUUAUUCAAAUGGUGCAGAACUGCAGAGUGAAUCUGCAAAACUUUGAAUUUCUGCGGGUAAGAACAGUGUCUGGGAUGACGUAUCAGUGCCGCUCAGGGAAAUCCUUCAAAGGUCAGAUGUUGGAUCGCUUCUUGCUGACUGACUGCAGAGCUGUUCUGAGUGGAAAUUACAGCUACAUGUGGUCCUUUGAGAAGCUGCACCGCUGCAUGGCUCACCUGUUCCUGGGACAGUUCGUCACCACUUUUGACGAGGAGUUCCGGAUCCUGUUUGCGCAGUCGCAGCCGCUGAUUCUUGACGUGCCCGCUCAAAUGGAGGAUUUCGGCUUCUCACAUAAGAGACCAUACCCCGACGAGAAGGCUCUGAUGUACCGAGAGCCACGGAAGUUUCUGGCCGGGAACGUUGGUCAGUCCGAUGAAUGGAGAAGGCCUGCCUACGAAGAGCGGGAAGGGGACUGGAAGAUGAUAGCUCUAAAAAGGCAGGGGUCCCUGCGGGGCCCUGCAGACCUGCACAGGAGGUUUUCCUCCCAGCACGAACACAUGGAUCCUGGCUUUGAUCAGGGCCCGUGCCGGAUUCCCAUGGUGGAAAACCAGGCUUACAAACGACACUCAUAUGCUGAAGGGGGUCCUGACAGAUUCUCUUUACCGCUGCUGCAGCAGCCGAGGAUGCCAGACUUUGAACUUCAGGGAAAGCCGUUUCCCAAAGGUGCCCAUCCUUAUCCGGGGCCAGAAGCAAACAACAGUGCCUACGACAAGUUUUGGAAUCAAGACUUUCAGACGGCAGAACAAAACUGGGAUCCCGGUUUACCACAAGAAGGGCCGCUGUCCGAUAACUUUGAUCCUGUCCAUAACUAUUUAUCAUCAACUAGAAAUGUGGACUUUGAGCCGAGCUCAGACAAAUUAUCGAACAGUUUGCCCUUAGUCCCCCCUCAGCUGAAGAAAACAGGUUUUGGUCAGCCGUACGCCUGUCAGACAUCGCCCACUCCUUCAAACUCAGCCGAGCAGAAGCUGUUUUUACAAGAACCCUCUGCAGACCGUAAGGAUCCUGCAGUGAAACGGGGGCUGAGGAACUGGAGGAUCAGCUCAUACCUCAGUGCAUGUGACGGCUCUGGAGACGAGGGCCUACCGCUGGCACCACUGCAGGCCCCCGAUGCUUUUGAUGAGCCCCCUAAUCCCUCUCAGCAAACUGCACCUGAACCCACUUUGUCCAGUUUUAAAAUCCCGAACAUCAGAGAGUUCAAGAUUCCUGCUGUUCCCAGGGCGAGCCACAUUCCAAACUACAGCAAAACGCUGGAGCCGCCCAGGAGGUCAUUAAAUACGGCUGCUGAGGCAGCAGAAAUCAAAACAUCACCCACUCCAUCAGAGUCAUCCUCUACCAAAGAAGGAGAAAGGAUGCAGGUGGAGCAAACGGAGGCCAAAGGCACUCCGGUUCGCAGGGAGGAGUCCUUCAAGAGGAAUUACAACGCCGCUCUGCAGAGGAGCUCCAGGUUACGAUCCUCCCUGAUCUUCAGCUCUCUGGAGCAGCAGCCGGCGGCUGAAGAAACGUCUGCCUCUGAACUGCAGGAAGAACAGAAGGAAAACACCGACGCCAAACAGACCAAACCAACUUUUGUGUCCCAGGUUUUGGGACAAAGGAGAUCUGGUGCCAGAGAGCUUUUCAAUUGGAGCCGUAGCCUAAAGCCUUCUUCUUGUGACGCCUCGUCCUCCGAACCCUCCAAACCAGAUGAAGUAAGCUGUAAACCAGAGCCAUCAAAGGAGCACAACCCCAAAGAUCCUCCAGCAAAUCCAGAUGAGAAGCGAGAUAAGCUGUCAUUGCCAGGGCCUGAGUCCAAACCCGCUGACUCUGAGCCUCCCAAAACAGAGAAACCGGAACCACCAAAGCCGUUAUUUUUAGAUUCCCUAGAUAUGAGUGAUCCGGACAACAGGCUCCUGUUUUUCAAAGAGCUGGCUGCACAGCGCAAAGCUGCUCAGGUGGCAGAGGCAGAAAAGAAGGCGGAGUUAAGGCCACCGGUGGAUGCUGAGCGCUCGUCAUCCUCAGAAAACCAAGAGCCUCCUUUAAUAGUCAUCUCAGACCCUGUGGCUUCAACAUCUGAGGAUCUGUCACAGGAAAACGCAGCGUUCGCUGGGAGGAUGACGCAGGAUUCAGCUGCUCUGCCUUCAGAAAGCCACGACAAAGUGAGCAAAGGCGACAUCGGGCCCCAACUGAGCCACGGACCAGAAAGCAAAGCUUCAGCGCUGGGAGGGUCUUCUGCUGACCUGCCCGUGUCUGUGGGAACUGGAAAACCAUCAGAGGAUCCCAGUGAGGCCUUUAUGAAGGAAACCAGCGAUCGACCCACAUCAGCAGACGGAACGACCGCUGAGCUGCCAUCUCUACAUGCUGUAGACGGCACAGACAGGUCUUCUGCUUCAGAGAGCUCCUCUUCAGUCACCACCGGGUCAGGGGGCACUUCCUUAUUUCCUGAAGUCCAAAACCCAGAAUCAGCUCAAACAAUCGUCUACACUCCUGAGCCACCACCAGACCCAGACCUCUCCAACCCACCAGGUUUACCCUCCAGUCCUUGGACCACAGAGGAGACCUCUGUAUCAAAAGUUUAUUCUGAUUCUGGUUUAGCUCCGCCCCCUCACAUAUCACCAAACGCUGUUAAACCUGAGUGUGUGGUGUCGUCACCACCAGACUCCCACUUCUCUGCUGAAGAAUCUUCUCAAACUCUUCCAGAUGUAGUUCACCAGUCCACGUGUGGCUCUUCCCAUGUGGAGUCCAACACUUUUCCUGAAGCUCUUGCAGAAACCGACACUUUAUCACCGCAGUCCACCUCAGACUGUGUGGAACGCUCCGCCUCGUCUCCAGAGAAAGACGUUUCCAGAUCCGAACCAGCUCAAUCGGAUCUUCCUUCAUUUCAAAAGACGGUUGAAGACAGGACUGAGGUUCUUCAACCACCAGAGUCUGACAAACCUGGCAGCUCGUCUCCCAUUCUCAGCCCCUCAGUGGGUCAACAAGACAUGACAGGUUUACUCAGUCAAUCCAGACAAAACCCCGCCUCCAGGCCUGAUUCUCCUGAAACCGCUGCACCUUUGCCCUCUCCUAUAACACUCAGUGCAGACCCGCCUCCUCCCUCUGUCUCUGACACGCUUUCUUCUCCGGAACCAGAUCCACCUCCCUGUGACCCGGUGGACUCUGAUGCCCCCACGCCGGCCAAAGCAGAACCACCGUCUCCAAAGGCAGCUGUGACUCCUGAAACAGACGGGCCUUCAUCAGAGGAAAGCCUUCCUGUCAAUCUACGACAUCCAGAGUCUUUGAUCCCCCCCCCUCAACCCCUCACACAGGCUCAUUUGCCAUCCAAAACACCUGAAGCAGAUUCCCCCGAGAGCCACAGCGGGCCGGCUCCUGUUCCUGCAGAGAGACCUCUCAAAGAGCCCCAAUUACCCGACACAGGUGAGAAAACCCUUCAUGACCUCCAGGACACGAACAAGAACCAUGAACGUGGUUCCCAAGAGUCCGUGGCGAGUGAGAAAAGUUCAGAGACGUUGCCCAAACAGCCCAAACCCAACCAGUCUCGCUACUUCUCCUCAACAGCCAACGUGCUCUCCAGCAGCAACCUCCGGGACGACACAAAGCUGCUUCUAGGGCAGAUUUCUGCCAACUGCCAGAGCAGAAACGAGGCCACCAAAGAGUCGCCAGUCACCGACGACGAGAAGGAAGAGGGAGUCGACAGAAACGCCAUGAGAGGCGGAGUCUAUCGGAGGGGGCAGCCCAAGUGUCCUCAUGAGCGCGAGAAGCUGCUGGAGAGGAUACAGAGCUGCCGGAAGGAGAGGAAAGUUUACAGCCGCUUUGAGGUAUGAAGGUGCCUCCCGCUAUUCCUCUGCCGACAAACGCCGCAGUAAACAAACUUUAAGCUCUGUGACUUUAACAGAUGGCGCCCUAACAAGACCAAACACAAGGGGUCGCUCCCUUUUUACAGACUGACUUCCAUCAGCGUCGACUCCGAAAAUCAAAACAAGAAUAGAACAGAGAGCAGAAAGUCCCCGCCAUGUUCAGCCUGAGGAGCACGCCGCCGUGUCCUCCCGGGAACGCGGCGGCGUGCUCCUCCCAGGGGCACGUUUUACUGUCCGCAUGGGGGAAGUGCAAUGUCAGCAACUGUCUCUGCCACCAGGCCUGACCUGACCUUGGCUUUUAUCACAACAGCUGUUAUAAAAGAAGGCUUGUCAAGUGUUGUGUCAAAUCCAAACUUUGUAAAAGAGCUGUGGCCGUGGUCAGGAAUGUGUAAAUAAAUGAAAGCACAACUGUCAGUCAGUUCAUACCAGCAACAUGUUUACUUCACCAAAGGACUACCGGCUCUGUUGUAGUUUUUCUAUCUGCAGCUGGUUUUUGCAGCCAGAUGUCACAAAAAGGUGAAAGCAUGUUUACCAGAGGAUGUGUAGAUGAAUAUUCCAUGUUAUCUGUUGUGUUACAUCAAUGAUCAUCAACCUAAAAAAGCCUUUUAUAAAUUGGCACAAAAUUCAUUUCAAAGUAUUUGAGGCAAUGUUUGGCAUUUGUUAAUAAAGUUUUGAGAACGUCUCCUG